AUGCCUGCUUCGGACACCCUUCACAAUACUAGUGAGACGGCGCAGUCUGACUUUGAUAAGGUUAUCGAGUUCCGUCGGGAUGAAUUGCUCCUCCGCCCUCCUGGUCAUCCUGAUCGAUCCUUCUCUCUCAACAAUCUUGCCAUCAGCCUACGAGACAGAUUCAAGCUGCAUGGCAGCCUGUCUGACCUUGAUGAGGCCAUUGAACUCCAUCGAGCUGCACUACUCCUCCGUCCUCCUGUCAUUCUCGUCCAGCGGGGAAUCCUAUCCGACCUCGAUGAGGCCAUCGACCUCCAUCGGGCAGCUUUAAUCCUCCGUCCCCCUGGUCAUUCUCAUCGUUCCACGUCUCUCAGCAAUCUGGCCAACAGCCUUGCGGACAGAUUCGAGCAGCAGGGUGUCCCGUCCGACCUCGAUGAGGCUAUUGAGCACCAUCGGGCUGCACUAAUUCUCCGUCCCCUCGGUCAUUCUCUUCGAUCUGAUUCUCUCCAGAAUCUUGCCAACAGCCUUGCAGACAGAUUCGAGCAGCAAGGCUGCCUGUCUGACCUUGAUGAGGCUAUUGAGCUUCAUCGGGCCGCACUAGUCAUCCGCCCCCCUGGUCAUUCUCUUCGAUCUGAUUCUCUCAAUGAUCUUGCCAUCAGCCUUUACUGCAGAUUCGAGCAGCGGGGUGUUCUAUCUGACCUUGAUGAGGCCAUUGAGCUCCAUCGGGCUGCACUAUUCAUCCGUGCCCCAGGUCAUUCUGAUCGAUCCAUGUCUCUCAACAAUCUUGCUGGAAGCCUUCAAGACAGGUUUCGGCAACAGGGUGUCAUGUCUGACCUUGAUGAGGUGAUUGAACUCCAUCGGGCUGCAGUUGCGCUCUAUCCCCCCGAUCAUUCUGAUCGAUGCGCGUCACUCAACAAUCUUGCCCUCAGUCUUCGAGACAGAUUCAUGCGGCGGGCCGACCUGUCUGACAUUGAUGAGGCUAUUGAACUCCAUCGGGCUGCACUUGCACUUUACACCCACGGUCGUUCUCAUCGUUCCGCGUUUCUCAACAACCUUGCCCUCAGUCUUCAAGACAGAUUCAAGCUGCAUGGCGCCCUGUCUGACCUUGAUGAGGCCAUUGAACUCCACCGAGCUGCACUACUCCUCCGUCCCCCUGAUCAUUCUGAUCGAUCCGCGUCUCUUGACAAUCUUGCCAUCAGCCUUCGAGACAGAUUCCAGCAGAGGGGCAUCCCAUCAGAUCUGGAUGAAGCUUUUAGGCUGUAUUUUCAACUUUCCGACUCAUCACAUGCAGCCUCUCGUGGAGAUCUUAUUGCUGCCAAGUCAUGGAUAACCUCCGCCGAGAAGCUGAACCAUGAAUCUGCGUUGCUUGCCUAUCAGACAGCAUUGAAAUUCCUAGAUCAGCAUGUUGCAAUUUUGUCAUCUUCUUCGCGGCAUUUCAGUAUCGUCAGGGAGGCCACUUCUACCCUCGCCACAGAUGCUUUCUCGUGCAGUGUUCGUCACGGUGCGAUGAUGACUGCUGUAGAACUGGUGGAGCAAGGCCGUGCGGUAUUCUGGACCCAGUUGGCACGCUUCCGUACGCCGCUCGAUGAACUUUCCGCAUCAAGUGACACAGGCGCAGCCUUGGAGGAAGAGUUCAAGCGGCUGAGCUUUCGCCUCCGUAACGUGUUUGAUCAGUCUACUGAAGACCAAUCCGCGCAAAUCCGGCAACUGACGAUGCAAUGGGAUGAUGUCGUCUCACGCAUCCGCAUGCUCCCUGACUUUUCUCGGUUUCUCCUGCCGCCACUGUUUCCUGACCUUCAGAAAGCGGCUGAUGAUGGUCCAGUCAUUAUUGUCAAUGCUAGUCAGCACAGCUGUGAUGCCUUGAUUAUCUUGAGUGCCCAAGAUCCUGUCCACAUUCCACUCGAUAUCACGCUGACCGAAGCCUCUGAAUUGUCCUCCGAAUUCCAGUCCCUCGCGGAGGAAUUUGGUGUUUCUGAUCAUCAACACGAGCUUGCCAAUAUCCUCCGCCAGCUUUGGGAUUCUGUUGUUAACCCCGUAGUCCAAGCUCUUAGGGAGUCAAAAGUUCCCCCUGGCUCGCAUAUCUGGUGGUGUCCCACCGCUGAGUUCACGCUGCUUCCUCUGCAUGCAGCAGGACCCUAUGAGAAGAAGAAGGACAAUUUGUCGCAUCUUUACAUCUCCUCUUACACCCCGACUUUGGCGACUCUUAUUCGUGCGAGACAGCAUGUUUCUCGAGAUGCGUCUCCGCAACAUUUUGUUGCCGUUGGUCAAGCAAACCCGGACAGAGGGAGGGAACUCCGAUGUGUCGCUCCCGAGCUAGUUGUCGUCGCUCAGCACAUCACCCCCGUCGCGUCCUUCACAUCGCUUGCUGACAACGAUGCAACAGUACAGGGAGCACUGGAUGCAUUGAGCGGGAAUCAAUGGCUUCAUCUGGCCUGCCACGGAAUGCCGAAUCGAGAACAGGCAUUCGAGUCUUCCUUUGCGAUGCGCGACGGGCCGUUGAUGAUCAAGGACAUCGUCCGAUCUGACUGGGGCAAUCCGGAGUUCGCAUUCUUAUCGGCCUGCCACACUACCGUGGGCGAUGAGAAGAGUCCCGACGAGUCUAUCCAUCUCGCUGCGGCCAUGCAAUUCUCCGGAUUUCGCAGUGUGAUAGGUUCGAUGUGGUCUGUCGACGACGAGGUUGCACGGCAGAUGGUGUCUGCUUUUUACGCCAACCUGGUUGAUGGUUCUGGGAGACUGGACUGCACGCGGGCUGCGGUUGCGUUGCACAAGGCUGUGAAGUCGUUGCGGAAGAAGAAGAUUCCACUAGAACAGCAGAUAGUGUUCAUUCACAUCGGUGUUUAG